AUGGCCAGAGUGACUACUGCAGAAGACCUCAGUGCCUUGCACCCUUCCUCUCAAGACAUCACGUUUACCCCAGGACCUCGUUCUACACGAAACACAUCAUCACUGUGUGGCAGCAGGGGGUGCUCAAUUAAAUCAGCUGCAGGAAAAUAUGUGAUUUUGCCAGGAAUAUCUGAUGACUGCCUAACAUAUUUUACAGUUACACCUGUGAGCUCUGUCCCAGAUCUCACAUUAUUCUCCGGGGACAUUGGGCAGAUCUUACUUCAAAAGACAGCUGAAAAAGAUGAACGAAAAAAGGCAUUUCAGGUGUUUGAUGUUGGUCAGACCCUGACAGUCACAAAGGGUCAAUUCAGGAGAGUGAUUGAAACCUUUCUCUUCCAUGUAACAGAAGCUGAAUUUGAUGAUGUGCUGGCAGAGGUUGAACAGCCACAGUUGCCAAACAAUGACAUUAAGUCAGCUGCAUUCCCUGCUCAAGGAGAAAUUGACAAAGCUGUGGACUUCGCUAAAUCAGUUUUCUUAACAGCACUAAUCUGCCAGAAAAUAGAAGAGAAGGAACAGAAGCAGAAAAAACAUUUUCUACCGUCUUUACCAGCUGAGCAUGCUGUGACCGAGUGCAGUCUGGAUAGCACUGAGCGGGCAUUUAGAGAAAAGCUGUGUUCAGCCUAUCAGGACACUGAAAAAGCCUUCAGAGCAAUUGAUGUCAGUCAGUGUGGAUUUGUGUCUUUGGAUUACUUGAAGUCAGUCAUAAAUGGCUUUAUAUUUCCUUUGCCAAAUGAAACUUUUCAAGAGCUAAUGAAUAGGAGCGUUAGGAGUUUUAAAAGCUUUUCUGAGAUGACUAGAGUAGCAAGUCAGCAUGUUUCUCAUAAUAUGAGGGAUGUAAUUGCCUACAAAACACCAUCUGAAGCAGGAGUGCAUUUAGCCAUGCUCAUUGGAGCUUUCUGUAGUACCAUUGAAACUGACUACGAGAAACAAGAUGGAAAGAUCACCGGAAACCACUUUCGUCAUGUUUUACAUAACUUGAUAUUUCAAAUGAAAGAUGAAGACUUCCAGGAGUUAAUUGAUAUAUUUGCUCCACAACAGACUGGAUACCUCAACUACCAUGAAUUUUUAGACUUGUUUGAAGAAAAAGAAUCAGUAUCCUAUGAGUUUAAGCGUACUGGCACUAUUAACAGAAGUCAUCUAAGAAAGGUCCUACAGCUGUGUUGCCCCUCUUUGUCAGAUCAACAAUUUAUGAGUGCUGUGUGGUUCUCAUUUGCCAAAUUAUGUCUGCUCCUCUCUUCAGCGAGAAUUUGUGACGAGCGGAAUCUGGAAAUUGAAUGGAAAAUGGAAAUUAAAUGGGGUAUUAAUGGCAAGGCCUAUGUUGAUAAGCAGAAGAACAUAAUAAUCAGUGGAUGGGGCAGAAUCAAGCAGAUUGAAGACCAAGCUAACAAAUAUGCCCAGAAUAGAACUGUUGAUGAAGUAAUUAGAAGGCUGAAGGACGGAGUGAUACAACAGGCAGCAACUAUUAAAGGCAGCUUUUUUGCCUACAACAAGCAAUCACAUGGAAAAAUUAAUAAAGUUGACUUGCGGAAGGACACCUAUUCUGCCUUCCAUGAAACAGACAGUAACCAUGACAGUAUCAUCAACAUGCUUGACUUUUGGCAAUUCUUGAACAGCUUUCUGCUUCAUCUUAGAGAUGAGGAAUUCCUGCAUGUACUUGGUUUGUUGGGAAUGAAUAUGAACUCCACGUUAAAUUACCAAGAAUUCAUGAUAACGGAUGCAGAGUUAGCUUGUGAUCACGCUCAUUACUACCUUGUUAUCAAAGCAAGAACCAGAUGGCAUGACCUAGCAAGGAAUUUUCAGGAAUUUGACAGUGAAGGAAAUGGUAUUACACAGCCAAGGGACUUGAAGAAAGUCUUGUUCAGAUUUGGCAUUCCAAUCACCCCGGAAGAAUUUAAGCAGCUUUGGGCAAGGUAUGAUACAGAUGCAAAAGGAUAUCUUACACACCAAGAAUUUUUACAGAAACUGGGGAUAGAGUUUGCAACCACUGACACAGGGCUCAGCAGACACAUCACAGAAGACAGCUAUGCACAUUUACAAGCACAUUAUAAUAAUCAACAAAAGAAGCAGUCAAAGCUGGAAGAGCAGCAGAAACAGCAAACUAAAGCUCUGCAUGAUCAAACUGCUUUGGGCAACGUAGACUUAGACCUACCUGAUUACACUGAACAGGGACUUUUCUUGAAGCUAGAGUGGCUGGAUGCUAUCCCAGAUAGGCUGAAGGAAGCAAGGGCAAAACUGUUCUUUCUUUUCAGCGUCACAACUCUCCCACCUGCAUUGCUGCUCUCUGGCAUAAACUGCACUUAUGAUACCCACAGGGAUAAAUUUAGGGAUUACUUCCAAGAUUUCAAUAAGGCCUUUCGUAAAGUGGAUAAAAAUAGAGAUGGCUAUGUAACAGUAUGUGACCUGCACAGCAUACUACAAGAAUUCAGCUACUACCUUGAUCAUGAUCAGCUCAGCAGUCUUCUAAACAGCUUAGGAAUCAGCAUUCAGAACAGCAAGCUCUCUUAUUUUGAUUUCCUGAGAGCAAUUGAUGAUGGCAGAGCAUCUAAAUACCAACAGAGACAAAAGCAGGCUGCACCACCUGCAAGCUUUACAGCACUCAGCUUAGAACAGACACUAAUUAAGAUAGAAGAAAUAGUUGCAUCAUCUUAUGGUUUGUUGUACAAGGCAUUUUCUCUACUUGAUAAAGAAGGCACUGGAGUAAUUAAAGCACUGGAAUUUUGGCAAGUGCUUGACCAUUUUUGCUUUGAAUUAUCAGACAAGCAGUUCAGGCACCUUGUCAAGAACCUUUACCUUUGUGAGGACUUCAUGGUAGACUGGAAAGUUUUCCUAAAAAAUAUAAACCACCCCAGAGAGACUGAGGAAGGGCAAAAAGUCAAUCCACCUAAGUCUUCUUGGGAGCUGUCAGAGAGAAGCAUCCUCUCACAGAUACGAGAAGUAGUGACUUCUGGUUUUAACACAAUUACACAAGAGUUUAAAGUUAUUGACUCUUCAAAAGAUAAUACAGUAUCAGAGGAGUUCUGGGAGAUAUGUAACUGACAUUUUCAGUGUCUGACUGAAGAACAAAUACCAGCAUCCGGUCAUCCUCAGACAGCAACAACUUGCUCUGCACCUAUCCUUAACUGUGAAACAAUAGAAAAUAAGAUAAGAAAGAACACCCAGCAUUCCUGGAGAGGCAUACUGAAAGCAUGCCAAGAGAAGGAUGUGAGCAAGCUAGGAGAAAUCCCAGUGUCGGCCUUCCUAGAUAUAGCAGAGAAGUUUAAUCUGGAUUUAAGUGAAGGGGAAAUUAACCAAAUAACAACAAAAUAUGAUUUAAAGAAAAAUGGAAAAUUUGCAUACUAUGACUUCUUUCAGAGUUCUGUCUUGCUGUUAAAACCACAGGAAAGCUCACUGCUACAGAGGGUAAUUAUACAGAAGCCACAAAAGCCGAUGAGUCCUGGACCACAAACCACAUCAUUCUUCAGCGCAAUGCUGAGAAUUCAGCCCCAGAUCUUGCACUGUUGGAGACCAAUGAAGCGAACUUUUAAAUCCUAUGAUGAAAGUCACACUGGACUGCUACAUGUUGCUGAUUUCAGACAAGUUCUUCAUGAGUACCGCAUCGACCUAACUGAAGAGGAGUUAUUCAACAUUUUGGAAUAUUAUGAUAAAGCUUUGUCUGCAAAAAUAUCCUACAAUGAUUUUCUCCGGGCAUUCAUACAGUAG